AUGACCACCUUCGUAGCCAACGGGCUCCUGGGUUCAACUACGCUAUUGAGUGCAAGCAGCUCAAAUGACGCACUAUCUAAGUCUGAGGCGAUAUUGGGGGCGUCCUUAACUCCACAGACAGGCUUUCAUGCUGCAGGAGAGAAGCAGCAAGAAGCUCCAGCCUUUUCUUUUGAAAGCAAUGGACUGUUAUCGAACUUUUUACUCAGUUCGAGUGAGAGCGGCACGGCGGGGGUCCGUUCUGAAGAUGAACCUUCCGUAGCUGCUUCCUCAAGUUCAUUCACACUAUCCGGGCUUUUAGGCAAAUCAUCCCUACCCUCAUUCGCGCCGUCAGGCCUCCUCGAUGGUACUAAAAGCGCUCAUCUUUCAACACCUAUUCUUGCUGGAUAUGCAGCCAGGUCUCCAGAUGCUGAUCCACUCCCAGUCGCUGAGGCUUUCGGUGUUCCUUCACACCUUUUGUCUAACUCUGACCCCACCCAUACGCGUCCCAAAAACGCCACGCAUUUGUCUGUGCGGGCAACCACUUUCGAUGGCAAAACAAUAUAUCUGCGGCGAAGGACUAAGGUUUUAUCGAGGGGUUCUACCUCAACAACGUCCACUAACCAAAGGAUGAACAAUUUGCUGGAUGUUCCCAUUCAUCGGCUCAUGGAUGCUUUAUCAUCCCAAGCAGUCGCGAAAUUACAAAAACAAGAUCAGAAUAAUGUACCACAAAGUUCUAAUGAAUCUUCUGCUUCAGAAGACAUUCUCUGGGUUGACCGUUAUCGCCCACAUAAAUUUACUGAAUUGAUGGGGAAUGAGCGUGUUGCCCGUGACACAAUGGCGUGGCUUAAACAAUGGGACUGGUGUGUUUUUGGUAGGAAGCGCGGAAGGAAACGCCCAAGAGACGGCAACGAAAACUUCGAUAAGGAGGAUGAAUAUCAUCGACCUCAAGAGAAGUUCCUUUUGCUGUCCGGACCCCCAGGACUAGGAAAGACAACUUUAGCACAUGUAGUGGCGAACCAGGCGGGUUAUGAGGUGAUGGAAAUCAAUGCUAGUGAUGCCCGUUCGGGUCAAAUCGUGGAUGAUCGAAUACGACCUGCGCUCGAAGCCGGGUCAGCAGUAGGCAGCGCGAAACCAGUGCUUCUGAUUAUUGACGAGAUCGAUGGCGCCACAGGGGCGGGGGAGAGCUCGAAUACCUUUAUCCACAAACUCGUACAACUUACACAAGACAAGUGGAGAAAGAAACAACGUUCUGGCCAGAAACGCGAUCACGACGUCAAGCGGCCAAUUCUUCGACCUAUUAUCUGCAUCUGCAACGAUGUUAAUGCUUCAUCCCUUGCAAAGCUUCGACCUCACGCCCUUCAGAUAAGAUUUACACGUCCCUCAGAUGUCCACACAGCGAAACGUCUGCGAGAGAUCUGCGAAAUUGAAGGUCUUAAAGCCGACUCAAGAGCACUGAGUACCCUCGUAGGCCUUGCGAAAUGCGAUCUACGGAGCUGUCUCAAUACUCUUCAGUUCGUCAAAUCGCGGAACGAAGAAGUUACCGAGUCUGUAAUUCGAAGAGCAACAUCUGGCAUGGGAGCAGCCGAUAGCUCAGUAGUAUCGGUUCUGAACAGCAUCUUCAACCCCCUCUCGAAGAAACGCGUCAAAGAGCUUGCCCUUACUGAUGAUGAAGAAUCGAGAUACGUCGGUAGACUUAGUCACGAAAUCGGAGCGAGUGGGCGGGAAAGCGGUAUCGCUGCUGGAUGCUUUGGACAUUACGCACUCCUCCGACGCCACGAUGCUAAUUUGGCAAGGCACGAACGAGCCACGGAAUGGCUGACGACCUUCGACCACUUCUCUUCAGCUAUGUAUUCGGAUGGCGAUUUUUCCCUCCAUCAGUAUCUAUCAUACACCCUUGUUCCCUUCUAUCCCCUCUUCCAGGAGCGAGGAGGCGAACGCAUAGAACGUAAUCAGGCUGAUUGGGAGCACACGCAACUGACACGAACCAAUGAGGAAAUUUACAAGUCCUUCUCCGGAUUUUUACGAACAGCCGUUCGUCAUGGUGGGCAUUACAGGCACCUCGUUAGCACCCCGAUUCUUCACAUGGAAUUUGCUCCACUCAUCAAUCGAAUAAUAUCGCCACCUCUGCGACCUGUCAACAGUCAAAUUAUUCGGCCAGAAGAACGCGCCUUGAUGAAGAGGCUUGUCCACAUCAUGGCUUCCUUAGAACUACGCUUUGUUCAAGAAAGAGCUGAGGAUGGUGUACUAUCAUAUCGGCUUGAUCCGCCUAUCGACGUCUUUGUCACCUACGACGGUAAACGAGCAACUGAUAUCUCCGUCUCGCGAUAUGCGGUGCGCCACCUUGUAGCGGGAGAGAUUGAUGCCAAAUUGAUCGAACGCGACGCGAAUAUUGUUGAGAAAGGCAAACGAGGGAAACACGAUUUCUUUGGGAAUUCCACAAAAUCCGGAGAGCUAGACCUAGAAAAUUCUGAACAUCCAAGUAAACGAGCGAAGAAAGAUACCACGGAUGUGGCAGAUAAACCCCCCACUGAUUUUUUUGGACGACUGAUUACUGUACCUUCGGCCAGCUCUGCUAAGGCUGCAGUUCGCAAAAACGUCGAGAAAAAAUACCGAGUGAGCUACCGAUUCGCGGAAGGUAAUUCGGCAGCUGUGAGGAGACCUGUUAAAAUCAAUAUGUUCUUGUAG